GCAUCUCUCUCUCUCUCUCUCUCUCCACAGAAUACCCAUAAAAACGUUCAAACCCUAACCCUAGAUCAACUGCCUGAAAAUCAAUGGCAGUCUCCGCCUCUUCCCCGAGGACGGAGGCGAUUCGCCAAACCCUAACACUAAAUCCCCUAAUUCUCCUGCUGUUGCUGGUGGUACUGCUUCCGUCGGCUUCUCCGAACAGCGAGAGCGACGCUCUCCACGCGCUGCGGCGGAGCUUGUCGGAUCCGGACAACGUGCUCGAGAGCUGGGACCCGACGCUCGUGAAUCCCUGCACUUGGUUCCACAUUACGUGCAAUCAGGACAAUCGAGUCACCAGAUUGGACCUUGGAAAUUCAAACCUAUCAGGCCAUCUGGUACCUGAACUUGGAAAGCUUGAACAUCUACAAUAUUUAGAACUCUACAAGAAUAACAUUCAGGGCACAAUCCCGGCCGAGCUCGGUAACUUGAAGAGCCUCAUCAGCUUGGACUUGUAUAACAACAACAUUUCAGGGGUCAUUCCCCCUUCACUGGGGAAGCUGAAAUCUCUAGUGUUUUUGCGGCUUAAUGACAAUCAAUUAAGUGGGCAAAUCCCCAGGGAGCUUCUUGGCAUUUCUAGCUUAAAAGUUGUAGACAUCACUAACAACAAUUUGUGUGGAACGAUUCCCACCACUGGGCCUUUUGAGCACAUUCCCUUGAACAACUUCGAGAAUAAUCCUCGUCUUGAAGGCCCGGAGCUACAGGGACUUGCAGCAUACGACACGAACUGCUACUAAAUAGAUAAGUAACACGGGCAACGAUUCCUGCACAUUUAAUUUACUUCUGAUAGAUGGGUGGGGAGGAUUUAUUUCCUUAGUUGAGGGGAAUUGGGUGUUGAUGCAGGGGUCAUAUGAUGUAAAUUUGUAAUCCACAGCUAACUGUUUGUAUUCGUAAUGUAGUAGCCAUUGCUGCAGCGGCUGCUGCUGCUAUAUGAUGUAUGAUAUAUAUACAUGGAAACAGGGUAC